AACCAGAGCAGACCAAGAUCAUCCCGAGCAGCCGACCCAAGGCGUUUGCAGGCCAAAAAUAAACCAAAGUCAGCGAAGACAACGGCGCACGCAAAAAGAUUCUGCAAAAAAUAGAACAUAAAUUUUCCAUUUUCAUCGUAUCGAUCGUCGGGGAAGGGACUUGAAGCUGCGUGGUUUUCGGAAAAAUUGUCAGGCCACCACUUCUUUCAUGUCUUGGCAAAGUCUUCGCAGCGUUCAGGCCAACGGAGUAAACAGCUGCCGCCGCGUUCGACAGGCGGCCAUGUCAGCACUUUAACUAGAAAGCAAAAAAAUACAAACGAAAAUCACAAAUCCGUCGACCGUCGAGGGGACAGCAGAAAUAUCCGAAAAAUUAACAACCCGCCGGAGUGCAAGUGACUCAAGACAGGGACGGAGUGCGGAGCAACUUUCCGCAGCAAACAAAAACAGGAGGAGUGAGCUACUGGGGUGCAAAAAUUGAUUUCGUUAGCCUUUUGCCAGCACCAACUGCAUGGGUAAAGUUAUGAGAGUGAAUUCGUUACCGCCGCCCGCCCACAACUGCCACGCCCACGCCCGCUCCAAGCGACAACAGCAGCAGCAGCUGAAAUUGAAGAAAAUCGAAAUCUAUUUUAUGUUCAACAACUUGUGCAAGAGAAAAACUUUAACGGAGUACAAUUUAUUGACACUAAAACAAUACCGCGACAGUGAGUGAAUUACGCAGCCCAACACAGUGACAGUGAUCGUUAAAGUUUCCGUCAACAUAAAUCUGCAAAAACAAAAUAUAAAAUUAGUCAUAUCUAGCAAAAACCCCAAAAAUUAGAAUCGCAACAGAAUAGAAUAUUUCCAGAGAGCGGGGGCUGCCAGCAGAUCAAGGAUUACCAGAAAUAGAGCAUUAUUAACCCCGGUUCAAAAUGGUUGGAGUUACUGCCGACGCCUCACAGGCGGAUCAGCUGUCCUCCGCGAAGAACCCGAUGAUCAAGUACAUGCUUAAAACCCGGGAGAACCAUGCUCGAGAACAGGAUCGGGACUACUCGCACGUCUUCCGGCGGAAGACCAGGUUCGAGAUGUUCCGUCUGUCCGCCAUUGCGAUGGCCAUUGAGUUUGCCUAUGCGGCGGAGACUAGUUUCGUUACCCCGAUCCUGCUACAGAUCGGUGUGGAUCAUAAGCACAUGUCCAUGACCUGGGGACUGUCGCCCCUGAUUGGAUUCUUCAUGUCCCCGCUGCUGGGAAGUAUUAGCGAUCGCUGCCAUCUUCGUUGGGGUCGCCGACGUCCAAUUAUUACGAUUUUAUCCUUUGGCAUCAUGUGCGGCCUGAUCCUGGUGCCCUAUGGCAAGGACCUGGGUCUUCUCCUUGGCGAUUCUGCUUAUACCUAUUCAGAACCUGCCCUGAACUUCACCUCUUCUGCGGCAGGAUCAGUGGCUGCUUUGGUUUCGGGUGAGAGCUCAACAGGACCCUCUGCUUCCAACUACAAAUUCGCGGUGAUCCUUACCAUAUUGGGCAUGGUGCUACUCGAUUUCGACGCGGACACCUGCCAGACACCUGCCCGCACCUACUUGCUGGAUAUGUGUGUUCCAGAGGAGCAGCCAAAGGCGAUGACCAUGUUUGCACUGUUCGCAGGAUUCGGUGGAACCAUAGGUUAUGGCAUCGGAGGAGUGGACUGGGCGACCACGCACAUCGGCAGCUUCAUGGGCGGAAACAUACCCACUGUGUUUACCCUGGUUACCAUAAUAUUCGCGGUGUGCUACGUGAUCACGGUGACCACGUUCCGAGAGAUUCCACUGCCUUUGAUCGAGCAGGAUGAGCUGCUGAGACCCCUGUCCGAGCAGGCCAUCAAGAAGGAGUUGAAAAAGAAGAACAAUACCAUAUACUACAUCCAGGAGACCACCCAGCUGGAACUCCAAAUGGCCAACGAUGACCCGAAGAGGGAGGAGGCUUUGCAGGGCAGCUACCAAAAUGGAUACUCCCCCGCCCUGGAAAAGCAGAACAAGGCCCUGGAUGUGGAGACCCAGUCGGACUACGAUGCCCCCGUCUCCCUAAAAGCCUAUCUGAAGAGCAUCUUCAUCAUGCCCUACUCGAUGCGCAUGCUGGCCCUGACCAAUCUGUUCUGCUGGAUGGGCCACGUCACCUACUGCCUUUACUUCACGGACUUUGUGGGCGAGGCAGUCUUCCACGGGGAUCCCACAGCUGCUCCCGACACGGAGGCCGCCUUGAACUACGAGGCCGGAGUGAGAUUCGGAUGCUGGGGCAUGUCCAUAUACGCCUUUUCCUGCUCCGUCUACUCGCUGUCCGUGACCAAGCUGAUGAAGUGGUUCGGCACCAAGGCUGUCUACAUCAGUGGCAUGGUCUACUAUGGCGUUGGGAUGCUGGUGCUGGGCUUGUGGCCCACUAAAUGGGGUGUCCUGGUGUUCAGCACGUCUGCGGGUAUACUCUAUGGAACCAUCUUCACGGUGCCUUUCAUACUGGUGGCUAGAUAUCAUGCCAAAAAUUGUUUCUGCAUUAAAAAUGGCGAGACUGUGCCGCUGAAGCAGCCCCGAGGUCUGGGCACCGAUGUGGCCAUCAUAAGCAGCAUGGUGUUCAUAGCCCAGUUGACUGUCUCCUUGUCCGUGGGUCCACUCGUGUCCUGGAUGAACACCACCUGCGCCGUGCUGUAUGCCUCGACGUUCCUGUCCUUUCUGGCGGCCAUAGCUGCCAUGUUUGUGUUAUACGUCUAGGCAUAGGAAUUUAUGGAGGUAGCUCUCCGAACCCAUAUUUUACAUGAAUUUUACGUAGCUGGCCGAGUGUCUUUGCCUACUUUCUGGCAGUAUCUGCGACUGCACUCACAAUGUUGUGGCAUACUUUAAGGAUGAUGCGUAUAGUGUGCUUGUAUUCAUUUAAAACAUUUAUUUUUUUGUAAACUGCAUGAGAAUUAAAUAUAUGAAUUUUAAGUGUA